AUGCACCGGAGCUUUCUGGGCGAGGGAGACGGAGAGGGAGAGGGAGACGAAGUGCGGUCGGAAUCGCACCGGGUGGAGCAGGAAUACGAAGGCGACGAAGCCGAAACAGUUGGCGGGGGACCCCGAGGACCGAGAUUCCAGGUCGUCUUCAUCUUCGUUCGCGUUCUUCUUCGCGGAUUUGCGGCCGGGGGAGCAUCCCCGCUUCCCGCCCCCAGGCCCUCCAAGGCCGGGGCGGGGUGGGGCGGGGGGCGGCAGCUGGGGAGUCCGCCGGAGGGACAGCGCGCCGCUGCUGCCCCUGUCCGGCCAGCCGGGCCUCUCCACCCGCCGCGCCCGCCGGCCACGCCGCGCUCCCGGGCUCCCCAUUGUUCAGUCACAGGGGUAGACCCCGCGGCGGGAGCGGGCCGCACCACCGACUCUCCCGGCACCCGGCCUCGGCGCAGGCAGCUAACCGCGCCCCGGGGCCCGCAGCCGCGGGGAAAGAGGGCGAGGCUCCCGCAGGGGGACCGCUCCAUCCACCACGCACGCCCCACGGCCGAGCGGGGGGCGCCGGGCCCGGGCAGCGAGCGGGCUCCUCGGCUCGUCCUGCCCAGCGAGCUCCAGGGGCGGCGCUUCAGGCCGCCAGCAGCUGAAGGAAGAUCAAAACAACUCCCCGCCCUCCGCGAAGCCUGGCGCCCCACCAUCGCCGACCCAGACCCGCGGGCAGCGAAAGCAAGCAGGAGCCCCCCCCCACACACACCUCCCUCCAGGCCGGGGCGCAGAGUAGGGCCAGGAGGUGGGAAGAGGCCGAGACGAUCGGUCAGGGAGCGGCGGCCGGGCCGGCGCGGCACACUUCCGAGCCCCCUUCCCGCCCUCUUCCCCGGGCCGGCUCGGUGCUUACCUAGGCGCGGAGCAAAGCGGCAGGGGCGGCGCGCCGCCCCGCACACUUUAUCGGCGGCCGGGGCCGCCCCCGGCGCCCUGAUUGGUUCCCAGAGGCCCGGAGCCCGGGCGGAUCAGCGGAUGCACCGUCCCGGCCCCACGGCCAUUGGGCGAGCCGCCGAGCGGGCGCCGCCGGGUGGGGGCGAGCGGACCCGGGAAAGAAAGGAAGGGAAAGGGCGGAGGGGGAGGGGACGUGGGGGGAGGGGCGCGAGGCAGGGCGGGCGGCGGCGGGCGGAGGGCCCGGGGCCUGCCGGGAAGGACCCCGCCGCCCGCCUGGCCCCGGGCGGUCCCCGCGUGCUCUCCCCCGCGGCGCCCCCAGGUCAGAUAUUCUGA